AGUGCUCAAAGUCAUCUAACUGUAGCUUUAUAACCUCAGACGUAAACAUGCGCUCGCCUCUGCUCCACAUUAAACCCGGGUUUUCUCACUUUUCUUUGUUUUAUCGUGUUUUUCUACAGCUCCGGAACAAAAGUCUCCAACUGAGACGCGGCACAUCAAACGCACACAUGGCUGCCUGUGUUCGUCCACUAGAUGGCGUUAGAGUCUUGGAUUUGACCAGAGUUCUGGCUGGUCCCUUUGCCACCAUGAUCCUGGGAGAUCUGGGAGCAGAGGUCAUCAAAGUGGAGAAACCAGGUUCAGGAGAUGACACACGAGCCUGGGGUCCUCCGUUUGUGGGAUCAGAGAGCGUUUACUUCCUCAGCAUCAACAGGAACAAGAAGAGCAUUGCCGUGGACAUGAAGAACCCACAAGGAGCCAGAGUCAUCAGAGAGUUGGUGUGUGUGAGUGACGUCCUCGUGGAGAAUUUUCUACCAGGGAAACUCUCAGAGAUGGGACUGGGGCCUGAGCAGCUCCAAACAGAGAACCCACGGCUCAUCUACUGCUCCAUCACAGGCUACGGUCAGACCGGCCCCUCAUCUCUCAGCCCUGGAUAUGACUCUAUUUUGUCUGCUGUGUCAGGAAUGAUGCACAUCACCGGACCUGAGGGUGGGGAGCCGGUGCGUCCUGGUGUGGCAAUGACAGAUUUGGCGACUGGACUUUACGCUCACGGAGCCAUUAUGGCCGCCCUCCUCCAGAGACACAAUACCGGGACAGGGACACACAUUGACUGUAACCUCCUCUCCUCCCAAGUAUCCUGUCUGAGCCACAUUGCUGCAAACUUCCUCAAUUCUGGAAAAGAGGCCAAACGCUGGGGAACCGCCCAUGAGAGCAUUGUACCCUACCAGGGGUUCAAGACCUCAGAUGGACACAUUGUGGUCGCCGCGGGAAACGACGUGCAGUUUGUCCGAGUUUGUCAGGUGCUUGAUCUGGAGGAGCUCACAGAAGAGGCCAAAUAUAAAACGAACAAACUCCGAGUUCAGAACAGGAAACAGUUGCUGUCUGUGCUGUCACAGAGGUUUGCCCAGGAGACGACGUCUGAUUGGCUGAGAAGGUUUGAGGGGUCAGGCGUUCCGGUCGGACCAAUCAACAGCAUCCAGCAGGUGUUCUCCGACCCUCAGGUGAACCACAACGGCCUGAUCCAAAACAUGGAGCACCCCACGGCAGGAUCUAUCUGUGUCCCAGGCCCAGCAGUUCGGUUCAGCUCCUUCCUGCCUCUAAGUCCCGUCCCUCCUCCUCUGAUUGGCCAGCACACAAUCAGCGUCCUGACAGAAAGUCUGCACUACAGUGAACAGGAAGUGACAUCACUACUCCAGAGCGGCGCCGUGGCCCAGAGUCCUGACGUCUGAUUGGGCAAGAGCCAGAGGGACCACAGUCCAUUAAUAGCACUGGAAGAACAAUAAGAAACCAUGAAAUACCACUUUAAAUCCACCUUAAAUCUGUCACCAAGCUCAUCAUGAUUAGACAAUUCCACCUUAAAAACAAGAUGAAAAAUGUAAACAUUUUGUAGAUUCAGAAUAAUGGAUUUUAUAUUUGAAAGAAAUAAGAGGAAAAACUUUGGAAAUUUUCAAACAACCCCUACCAUUGGAUUAUUAUUGGUCAAAUUAAACUGUCAAUCAUUUCCUUUUAAAGGGGCAUAAUAAUACGUAACAUUAUCUAAAAACUCUUCAGGCAUGUUUUUGAUGAGGGAACAACAUUAUAAAAUGAUGAAAAGCUCAACAAAUUGAUUUUGCAUAAUACCCCCUCUUUACAAAGCACAACCAAACACUCCUCUGUGUAUUUAUCCUUUUGUUUGUGAAUCGAGUCUAAAUAAAAGUCUGAGUUUCAGACGCUGCAGUC